UUGGGGGCACGAGGGGGGCAAUGGGGUUAUUGGGGGCAAUGGGGGAUGGGGGGGUAACGGGGGCAUUGGGAGAACAGGGGAAUGUUGCUGUGUGACGCGGUGCCGUGGUGCCGUGGUGCUGUGUGGGUGCUGGGGGCUGUGGUGGCGCGGUAAUGUGGUGCCAUGGUGACACGGGGAUGUGGUGCCUUGGUGCCACGGUGACUGAAAUGGUGUCACACUGUCAUGGUGCCGUGGUGAUGUGGUGCUAUGAUGCCAUGAUGCCAUGGUGCUGUUAUGGCGCCAUGGUGCCACGCUGUUAUGGUGCCAUGCUGUUGUGGCACCAUGGUGCCAUGCUGUUGUGGUGCCAUGCUGUUGUGGUGCCAUGCUGUUGUGGUGCCAUGCUGUUGUGGUGCCGCGGUGCCAUGCUGUUGUGGUGCCACGCUGUUGUGGUGCCGCGGUGCCACGCAGGCUGCUGCCCAGGAACGCGUGCUCGUGUGAGGCAGAGCCGGGGCUGCCGCUGCCGCUGUUCGGGCAGAGCCACAGCGUGGAUUUCGGCAGCGCCUUCAGCCCCGAGGAGCUGCCCCAGCUGCAGCGGCUGCGCGAGAGAGAAUACCGGCGGCACCGGCUGCGGGUGCAAUCCCCCGCUGACCGCCUGCUGGUGGUGCGAGCCAACUCCCCCCUGGAAUACCCGGCACAGGGGGUGGAGGUGCGGCCGCUGCAGACCGUGCUGGUGCCUG